AUGUCCCUCGUCGGCGCGUUAAAGGGCGACAUGCCGCAACAAGUCAGAUCGCUGUAUCGCCAGCUACUACGGCAAGGCAAUCAGUUUGCGGCCUACAACUUUCGCGAGUAUGCCAAACGACGGACGAGAGACGCUUUUCGGGAGAAUCAGAGCGUGCAGGACCCGCGUCGGGUGCAGGAGCUGGUGCAGAACGGUCUCAAGGAGCUGCAGGUCAUGAAGCGACAAACGGUGCUUGGAAAAUUCUAUCAGAUGGAUCGACUGGUAGUCGAAGGAAGCGUGUCGGGCAAGGCCAGCGGCGGCAUCGUACAUCGGCAAGGAUAG